GUUCAAUGACAGAUGUAUUAUUUGAUAUGUAAACGAAACCUGCACACGUUGUUGCAUGGGUUUUGUUGUGAUUAUAAACGAAUUAAACAAAAAAUCGACAUAAAUGACGAAUUUGAAGUGUAAAAUGGAAUAACCACGAUGGACAUUGUAUUCUUCAUGUACAAGAAUAAUAUACCGCUUAUUAUAUGGAAGUAAAGGAUGUUAACCAACGUAUACAAAUAGAUAAACACUUGGAUUUAUAUGUUUAAUUUUUCUGAUUUAUUACAACUCUUCUCUGACUCUAAUGGGGUCAUCUCAUGGACUUAUAUUUCUUCUGGUUUAUUGUCUUCAUUUAACGGAAGGUGAAAUUAGAUGUUACUGUAACGAGUCUCGGUGUGUUCGAACAGGCUAUAUGUGUAAAUCGACAUUAAAUGCGUGUUACUCAAUACUGACUUAUGACGAUGGGAAACCAAAGACAACUCAGGGAUGUAUAGAGUCUUUAGAACCAUCAAAGCGUAUCGUGUGUAAAAGUGAAAAACCUGAACAGUAUACAAGCAAGUUACCAACCCAGGAACAAUCUCUGUUAAUUUGUUGUCACAAUGAUAUGUGUAAUUAUAACGAAAAAACAAUUAGCAUAAUAGUCAAGGAAAAAUCAAAUGGCAGUACUCAAAAUGGCAAUGAGAACUUACUAGAAGAUGUGCCAUCCUUUCACAAAGACUCAAAGGAUUCCAGCGUCGACAAAGACUUGUGGUUUAAAGCUGCCGUGAUUGCAGUUCCCAUAGCGGGGGGAUUUAUUCUCAUUUUAUUGGUGCUGUUGGCUGUGCGCAUGCUCAGAUCAGACUCUCGCAGACACAGACAGUUAAUACAAAUAAGACGGGAAAGGACAAGUCUCACAAAAGCUCAACUCUAUGUAACAGACCAUUUUUGUGACAAACCAUGUAAUAAAAAAGCACCUUUAUUAUAUGACGAUAAACAAAAUAUUGUGUGUAAAGAACCUUUAAUCAAAGUAGACAAGGAUGGUAAAAUAUAUGAACAAGUUGGAGAUACUUCAAAGUGUAAAAACAAAAGUCCUUCGUUAAUUGUAUGGGGGAAACCGGGGAAAACUGACUUUGCUACUGUUGUGUAAUGUUUUUCUUUUGUGUAUUAACAGAAUAAGAUGUUGAUUUAUGUGUAUAAAUCAGAGCAUCGGGAUGAUGUUGACACUUACAACAAAUAUACGAAACCUGUAUGUCCAUAUCUGUCACCCAGGAAAGGUAGUACAAUGUACAGAUGUGUGGCUUUCACCAUCUUCUAAAAUAAUGAAUCAAAAAGUGAAUUGACUCAAAUCACCCUAAAGAAAUUAUUAUUUUAUUGACGGAUCUAUCUUACCUAUUCAGAUCCUUGCAGUUUUAUUUUUGAUGAUCAGAAUUGCUCAAUAUUUUUUUCUCUAAAUCAAAAUUUCUUUAUUAUGGAGUAAAGAGAAAAGUUUAUCCUGAAAGAAUAUUUAUUCGAAAGUAAAGCAAGUAGACUUUUGGAAAUGGAAUAUUUUGUAGUUUUUUAGUUAGAUUAAAUCAGAACAUAUAGGCUGUAACAAAUUCCAAUUUUAAUUUAGAAAGUCGUCUACAUUUACAAUACAAUUUUGGAAGAAACAUCAAACGCCCAUUAAAGUUACUUGGUUUACAAUUGUUGUGUUUAUGUGAUAGAAGUUUAUAUGCUUAAAACGAAUUCAAAUAUUCGUUCUUGAUACGUGCUUUCAAAUCUUAAAUGCGCAUGACAUGAUAUGAAUGUUAUUUUGUCUGAGUGUACAUGAUUUAUAGAAAACUCCUUUAAAAGGGGUUUUUCCGUUGUUGUAAUUGUUUGUGAAUAUGUUGUGAAUGAUGAUGUGAAAAUGUUGACACAUGAAUGGUGACAUGUGAAUGGUGACGUGUGAAUGGUGACGUGAAAAUGUUGACACAUGAAUGUUGACAUGUGAAUGGUGACGUGUAAAUGGUGACGUCAGAAUGGUGACGUGUGAAUGAUGACGUGUGAAUGAAGACGUGUAAAUGGUGACGUGUAAAUGAUGACGCAUGAAUGGUGACGUGUGAAUGAAGACGUGUUGCACAUGUAUGAAAGUUGUUCUUUGUUAUUUGUCUUCUAAAGACAGACAGAGUAUUUUUAUUAUAUAUAUUUGAAAUUCUUAUUUAUUAAAAAUAAAUUAUGAAACAUUUGA